UAUUUGAGUGCCAUUGAGCGUCAUAGAUGAAGACGUAGCAGUAACUGUAACUUCUGGUGGUCUUGUAGCAAUAGUACGCUCCUUGAACGUAUUUUAGGAGAUGUUGUGAUAAAAAGUUCAGUCUCUUUGUGAAUCUAGUACAGUGCGUCUGUACAACUUCAACUUGUAGAUCUACUUAUUAGUUCUACAUACCACAUAUUGACUUUUGUGCCUUUAGUAUCCGGAAGAAAUUCAAAUUGUUGAGCAUGUGCAUGUAGCUGCUUCGUUGUAUCAUGUCAACAUAUUGUCACGUGGAUAGCGAUGAGUUCAAAGUAACUCGAUUCGUAUCCAAUUUAGGUUGGCGUCGAGUCUGUGUAUCUUGUUGUCUGUAAAAGCUAAAGGACAGGAACUCUGCUCCUCCUUCUUAGAAGCUCUAGCACGACGCGACUUGUCCACAUGGACACGCUGUAUCCGAUGAAAUCUCUGAAGUGAUGGGGAAUAAAUCUCGUAAGAAAGUGUAUUGUUAAACAAAAAAUUACAAUUGCUAUGACCCCGAUUAUGGGACAUCGAGUCAGCAUAAAAAUCAAUGUGUACAAAAAGAAGCCAGGAGAGGAUGACUAUCAACAACAGAACUGGAGCUGCUACCAAGUUCCUCUUCGUGCUAAUUAACACCUUCCCUUUUUGAUGCGAUAAAGGUAAAACAGAAUCAAGAUCAUCAAAUUUCGAACUUGUACAUCCAACAGGAUGAUACUUUUGCUUGCUAUGCGAAACCGUAUCUGCUAACUUAAGUUGACUUUUCACCUCGCUUUUCUUCAAUCACACUUACACCUACCCGCACCUUUCACCACGACAACUACAAUGAAUGACGUAAAGCGAACUUGUUUUCUGAGACCGACGCAUACUACACUAUGACUAUGACUCUCCCUCAUUCUUACUCUCUGCCACUUCUCCUGGCAGAAGAUUGGUUCCAACAAGCUGAGUCGAAUAAUAGACCACUUUUGACCCAUGACUACAAGAUGUGAAAAUUAUCGAUCAACCACGCUUCGCCUUCCUUGUUUUUCCAGCAUUAGAAUGCACGGAUGCCAAACAGUAGGAUUCUUGUUGCAGCGAACAGUGAGUAGCAUUUUUAUACGAAGCACGACAGACAUUCUCCGCUAG